AGGGAGCCAGAGAAGUUUUUGUAGAGUGGUGAGACCGUCCUGCACAGAGACACCGCCACCAACACGCAGCAAUCAGGCUUCUCUCCGCUGGGAUAUUGCAGUCCCCACUAUCCACAGCUACAAAUGUAUAGCAUGCUGGACACCGAUAUCAAGAGCCCAGUGCAGCAAUCUAAUGCACCAAACGGGGGCAAUCUGACACCCGGGGGCAAUGGGAAAGGCAGCGCGUCCGCUGCUGACCAGGACAGAGUCAAGCGCCCCAUGAAUGCCUUCAUGGUAUGGUCCAGGGGGCAGAGGAGAAAGAUGGCCCAGGAGAACCCCAAGAUGCACAACUCUGAGAUCAGCAAGAGAUUGGGGGCUGACUGGAAACUUCUCAGCGAUGCGGAAAAGAGACCGUUUAUCGAUGAAGCGAAAAGGCUCAGAGCUGUACAUAUGAAGGAAUAUCCGGAUUACAAGUACAGACCCAGGAGGAAGACCAAGACCCUCCUGAAGAAGGACAAGUAUUCCCUGCCUGGCAACCUUCUGGCUCCAGGAGUAAGCCCAGUGAGCAGCUCGGUUGGGGUUGGGCAGCGGAUAGACACUUACGCCCAUAUGAAUGGUUGGACUAAUGGGGCUUACUCGCUGAUGCAGGACCAGCUCGGAUACACUCAGCAUCCCGGCAUGAACAGUCCCCAGCUCCAGCAGAUGCACAGGUAUGACAUGAGCAGCCUGCAGUACAGUCCCAUGAUGUCUUCUGCCCAGACCUACAUGAAUGCAGCUUCCACCUACAGCAUGUCCCCAGCCUACAACCAGCAGACCUCAACAGUCAUGAGUCUUGGAUCCAUGGGGUCCGUGGUGAAAUCAGAACCCAGCUCACCCCCUCCAGCCAUUACCUCUCACACUCAAAGAGCCUGCUUGGGAGACCUGAGAGAUAUGAUCAGCAUGUACCUACCUCCAGGCGGAGAUGGUAGUGAUCCGUCUUCCCUCCAAAGCAGUCGGCUACACGGUGUCCAUCAGCAUUAUCAAACUGCUGGGACUGGGGUUAAUGGCACUGUACCAUUAACGCAUAUUUAAGACUUUAGGACUUUAAAUUAAAGGACGCUUUGCUUGCCUGACAAGCUGAUCAGAAUGCAUAAAAACUUGAGGACAAGGAAUCAAAGGGUUGUUUCUGUUUUAUUUUUAAUUUUUUUUGUACAAAGGUUUGCGCAAACUUCCUUUAUAGAGCACAACAUUUUAUGUACUUUUGGGGGUCGUGUGGGGGUUUUAAAGAGUGACUCCCUAGAUGAGCUUUCUUUUUAAAGGUCUUGCAUCUUCAGUUUUAGAAGUAAAUGGGGAGGCAUUAACCAGAAUUAAAUGUUUACAAGUUUCCUGAAACCCGGAAGAACUGAAUUUGGGGUUUAUCCAAACUGUAGGUUUUUAUUAACUUUUUUUAGACUUGAUAUUUACAAAGAGCUGUGCGGGUCGCAAACGCAAAGUUUUAUGUUUUUGUUUUUCUUUAAUUUAUAGAAAAAAAUUUCAUCGCCUGUAAACUUCUGUACAUUUUUGUUUUUGUUCAUGAAACUUUUACUGUGAAUUUGUUUAACAUAUCAUCAAAUCUAUUUAGGUUUUUUUUGUUUUUU